UACUGCUGGCAGUGUUAAGGUCAUAACGAGGCUUCCCCUGCAUGAAGGAUAACGCGUCAUGAGGGCUGGAGAGUUGUUGAUGGUGUCGGCCAUAUUCUCCCUCGAUCACACACGCAAAUCGGUCGGUGCCGUGGAAGAAGACAGAUGCCCAGCUGAGAAGUAUAUCGUUGCCACCGACACACCGCAGAACCUGACCUCGCCUGGCUUCCCUGGAAAUUAUGUCAGGCCAUCAGCGUGCAAGUGGUUCAUAGAAAGUGAUAUUCAAGAUGGCAUCAUCAAGUUCAAGGUCAUCAAGUUUGAGCUGGAAGGGUCACCGUCUUGUUACAGAGAUUAUCUGGACGUUAGAGACGGCCCGUGGCGUCUGAGUCCCCGACUGCUGGGGUGGUGCGGUGUAAAGCCCCCGGGGAAGACGUUUAAGACGUCGGGGAAGUCGGCUACGGUUCUUUUCCAAGCAGUGACUCGCGGCCAAGAUAAACCAGGCUUCCACAUCCAGUACUGGCAAGCCAAGAACGAUGUUCUCCCGGACGCCAAGGCGAAGUACACAGUGGCUAACUUCAUCCUCGGAGGGAUAUUUGGUGUUAUUCUGCUCGUCAUCUUGGUUACGCUUCUCUUUCUUGUCAUCAUUCGCAACUUACGAUACACACGAGAGCGGCAUUUACAGCACAUCAGAAUAUACUCAUAGCCAGAUCAGCACAUCAGAAUAUACUCGUAGCCAUAUCAACACAUCAGAAUAUACUCGACACCUCAGAAUAUACUCGACACAUCAGAAUAUAGUCAUAGACAGAUCCACACAUCAGAAUCAGACACCAUAUACCGGUAUAUGGUCUCUGUCAGAAUAUACUCAUAAUUUUGACACAUCAGAAUAUACUCAUAGCCAGAUGGACAUAUCAUCUUUCAUCAUAACCAUAUCGUCUCAUCAGGAUAUACCAUUAGCCAGGUCGACACAUCAGAAUAUACUCGACCAGAUCGACAUAUCGGAUUUCGUCAUAACCAGUUCGACACAUCAGAGGACAUUGACAGAAUCUUGGAGCAUUCCAUUUACUCAUGAUUUAAAAACAUCCGGGUCUUCCGAACAUGAAGCUUCCACUGAUUGGUGCCUUCUGAUAAAUUGUAUAUGUAAUCUUGUUAUUUAUUAAAUAUCGUUGACUUCCUA